CUUUGCUAAUUACUCGACUACUUUGUAAGCGCAUACGGUCGCCCUCCUGUUUGCCUGCCUGCCCGUUAGCCUGCCAACAAUUACAAAAAAAUAAACAACAACAAACAAACAAGCCACUAAUAUAAAUAGUCAGCAAAUAACUACUCAAACAACAAAAGCAACAACAACAACAAGAAGAAGAACAGCAACCGACUUAGCAGCGUUUCAAUCAAUUCAAUUCAAUUCAACCAUCAAUUCAUCUCUAUUCAUAGCAAAAUACUCGACAGUACACUCGAACGCAGUCUGUCGACGUCAUCUUCGUCGCUGCCGUCGGCAAUUUGUCAACAUAUUCACACACACACUCUCACAUAAAUACAUAUUUAAGCGCAUAUAUUAUUUGUUGUAGUGAGUGCAGCGGAUCUCUACUCUAAGUUGAUUUGGUGCACCUUUGGCUUCAACAAACGUUAGUCAGUUUCUUCGCGCACAGUUCGUCGUUUAACGUGCAAUGGCAACAUGGACAACGAGCAGCCACAUCAGGAAUUAGUCAAGUGCGUUCUGGUCGGUGAUACUGCCGUGGGCAAGACGCGUUUAAUUUGCGCACGCGCAUGCAAUAAACAUGUUUCGCUGUCACAGUUGCUGUCAACACAUGUGCCCACUGUUUGGGCUAUCGAUCAGUAUAGAAUCUACAAGGAUGUACUGGAACGUUCCUGGGAGGUAGUGGAUGGCGUAAACGUAUCGUUACGUCUCUGGGACACAUUUGGUGAUCAUGACAAGGAUCGCAGAUUUGCUUAUGGACGAUCGGAUGUCGUACUACUAUGCUUCUCUAUUGCCAGCCCCAUAUCGUUACGCAAUUGCAAAGCAAUGUGGUAUCCGGAGAUACGUCGCUUCUGCCCAGAUGUGCCUGUCAUCUUGGUGGGCUGCAAAAAUGAUUUGCGUUAUAUGUAUCGUGAUGAAACGUAUCUCUCGUACUUUGGCGAACGAAGUACCUUCGUACGCGCGGCACUAAAAAGUGACCUCGUCAUGCCGGAUGAAGCGCGUGCUGUUGCGAAGGAACUGGGCGUUGCCUACUACGAGACAAGUGUCUUCACAUAUUUCGGUGUGAAUGAAGUAUUCGAGAAUGCCAUACGUUCGGCGUUGAUUGCGCGCCGACAGCAACGUUUCUGGAUGACGAAUUUGAAGAAAGUGCAAAAACCGUUGCUGCAGGCACCAUUCCGACCGCCCAAACCGCCACCACCAGAAGUCACCGUAGUGGUGGGCAAUUACAGACAAGACAUGUACAACAUGUUAAUUUCACAAACCCACACGGAUCUCAUACUGGUGGUGGGUGCGAGUAAAUUUCCGGUGCAUCGGUUUAUGCUCGCUGCUGCGUCGAACGUCUUUUAUCGGCUACUGAAUACAGAGCUAACCGAUAUGGGUGGUAGAAGUAGUAGUGAAUCCAGUAUGGUGAGUUCCACAUUUGGUGAGGCGACCACAGCGGACUUUAACGACGACACUGAGUGUCUUAUAAGGCAUGAAUCGCGUACACAAAGAAUGUGGGAGCAGCUGAAACGGCGUUCCAGCUAUCAGGCCUUACCGCUAAUCGAAACCAAAAAGCCCAGUGAUCUCUAUAAGGACCUGCAUCAUCCUAUAUUCCAAAAUAUACGCUUAGUGCAGAUGGAAAAUACGCGUGGCAUCAACGUAACACAAACAAUUGUCACACUGACAAAACUCAUAACGCCACAAGCGUUGCAACAGUGUCUGCAAUUUAUUUAUACCGGCACAAUUGAAAGAGAAUUUCACAAUUUGCAGGAAGUUAAACAAGCUGCUGAUUUCUUAGAACUGCCUCAAUUGACUGUAUUACUUUCCAAGCCACAAACACUUUUAGCCAGUCUAAAUGAUGAACCAAAUCAACAUUUUUGUCUUAGCAUUAAAGAGAAUAUGGAGAAGCAUUGUAUUGGCGAUGGCUGUUUCAGUGAUGUCACCUUUGAGCUGGAUGAUGGACAGAUGAAGGCACAUCGCGCUAUAUUGGUUGCACGCUGUGAUGUUAUGCGCGCCAUGUUGGCCGGCGACUUUCGUGAGGCGCACUCGAGUGUGAUCGUCUUUCCCGGCGUCACGAUUUACACAUUUCAUAAGUUACUCUGUUAUUUAUACACAGAUGAAAUACCUCCAAUAUCCGCAGAUAAAUGUUUGAAUCUUUUGGAGUUGGCAAAUCGUUUGUGUUUGCCAAGAUUAUUGAAUUUGGUUGAGUGUCGUGUGAUUGAAGACUUAACGAUGAUAUCGCAAAAUGAAACGAAUGAAACGGUCGAUCAUUGUCUCAAGCUGCUGGAGCCAGUGAAGCUGCACAAUGCCCAUCAACUGGCCGAAUGGUGUAUGUCUUACCUGUGCGUCAAUUACAAUAUAAUUUGUAAAUACUCACUCAAAGGCCUCAAAGCACUGCAUCAGGAUAAUCAAGAGUAUUUACGUGAGCACCGUUGGCCGCCAGUGUGGUAUUUAAAGGAUUACGAUUACUAUCAACGCUGCAUAAAUGAGAUGAAUAAAGAAUUAAAGAAUUCACGUCGCGAUUCGCGUAGUGAUGACGAAGGUUGUCUCUGUUUCACGGGCGUGUUCUCUUGGCUAUUAGGCAGCAGCAAUGGGGGCAAAUCGAAGCGUGGCAACGAUCCCAAUGGCAAUGGUGCCGGCACCGCUGAGCAUAGCACAACCGAUAAUCAAAUCUUCAAUAGCACAGCGAAUUCGAUGAAUCACAUUGACUUGGAGGCGGCCGAGGUGGACUUGAAUCUCUGACAUCCAGCCAUCGGGCACAGAAGAUCACUGCGUUUCAUUGUGAUUCUGCCCGUGCUGAUUUGUUUCAUUUGUACAAUUUUAAGUAUUCUAAUACUAUUUCAAAUUUACACAUAACAAUACCAAAAUUGUUGUAAGCGUAAUGCAAUUAAUGCUGAAAGUAUUUUUUCUAUUAAAUUGUUAAAAGUAAUCUAAUUACAAUCACAAUUAUAAAUUUAAGCUGGAACAAUAUGGCCAUCCGCAAUCGGUUAUAUAUACUGUGCAUAGGUUAGUUUUAAGUUAUGAAGUAAAUGCUGUGAAGCAUCCAAUGAUGUUUUCAAACAUUUGUGAGAGUCAUGCGAGCAUGUUUGGAUUUGGUAAUAUAUUUCGGUAUGUAAAGCUUGACAGUUUUGACAUUUUUGUAACGGAUGUUGCGCAUUUUGAAGUGUGGACUUGUUGUAAUUUGAGCUGUCAUCUUGCUUUUCUUAAGAAAAGAUGUCUAAAAAUACAAAGCAGUUACAUUUUUUGAA